AGGAUGUGGUGCAGUCUCUCCAGGAAAAGUUGAACAUCUCAUGUGGUCACCACUUCUGUCUGGUGCUGCAGAACAUGAAGUCCACCACACCGGGGAAGAUGGUGCUGCUGCAGGAGGGAGAAACUCUCGCGGAGGAAAGAGUCAGGCCUGGACAAGUUUGUGGCCCACAGCCUGCUAGAGAACAUGAAGCCCAAGGACCUGAGGAAGAUGCUGGCCCAGUACCUCAAGUUGAAUCAGAACCUCACAGCACCCGGCCAGAAACAACUCACAGCGCUACAGGCCAAGCUGCACUACAUGAAGAUUGUCUCCGAACUCAAGACCUUCGGCAGUCGAGUCUUUAUGGUGACGCUACUGG